UGUACAUCCCAAAGAGUGUCAAAGUUUUCAUGGGAAUAGAUUUCGAAUUAGAAUUUCUGAGUGAUGUGAGAUGGUGCGUUUGGCAAAGUUUCUGUGUUGCAUACCCCUGCGGGUGGGGGUCAUCCUAACGGGUUGUCUAUUCGGCAUAACGGACAUUAUAAUCGGUAGCUUCGGGUGGUAUAUGGUGGCCAAGAAUGAGUUUCCCGACAACGUGGUCGAGUUCUUCAGGACAAUGGAUACCGCCACAUGUGUGGGCUGCUUCGCGGGUACUUUCUACUUGCUGGCCCUCAAUGAUCUAGUGCUGAUCUAUGGCGCCAUCAGGGAAAAGCAUCGCUUUAUUGGUCCCUGGCUGUUGGUUAACUUUGUGGUUCUCAUCUGUACGAUGGUCACGGCCCUGGUGAGCGGCAUAGCCAUCAUAAGAAUCGCUAUUCUCAGCUAUUGCAUGUUUGUCGUGAACUCCUUCUACAAUGAACUGACGGAAGAGGACGAUUGAUUUGCAUUUGCCUGACUGUCAAUGAAAUUUUCAGUUUACAAAUUGGGAAUAAAAAUAACUGCACAUCUGGCGUUUCGCAA